AUGGGUGACCUGGGGGAUUAUAGUGGAGGAGGUUAUUCUGGUCAAUAUUCCGUGCCGCCACCUACAAUGAAUUCAGGUGACAAUAAUUAUGGUUCUGGACAAGGCUAUAAUCAAAGCAGUUACGCUCCAAACCAAGGCCAAGACUGGAAUCAACAGAGUACAGGUGCUAAUUCUUAUGGUGGCGGCAACCAAGCCAGCAACAAUUAUGGUCAGGGCUAUGAUUCCAACUAUGGCAGUGGAGGCUACGACCGCAACAGUGGCAGUAGCUUUAAUGUGAACAGCGCUGACCGUAGUGGUAGCAACUAUUAUGGAGGUGGCAGUGGAGACCGCAGCAACUCCAACUAUGGUGGUGGCGACCGUGAUAGAGACAGACAAGGAUAUUCCAGUGGAGGUGGUGGCGAUCGGGGAGGGUACGGCGGAGGUGAUCGAUCAAGUUACAAUAGAGAUGGGGGGAAUAGAGAUGGAGGAUAUGGUGGCGGCGGCAGGGGGGGUGGUUAUAAUAAAGGUGGCGGCGGUGGUUUCGGCGGGGACCGGGGUGGGGGUGACAUGGUAACACAAGAAGAUACAGUCUUUAUUCAAGGCAUGAAUCCAGCUACUACUGAAGACGAAUUAUGUCAACAUUUUGGUGCAAUUGGUAUUAUUAAGACCGAUAAGAAAACUCAAAGACCAAAGGUAUGGAUGUACAAAGAUAAAGCUACUGGCCAACCGAAGGGUGAAGCUACUGUUACCUAUGAAGACUCGAACGCCGCAUCAUCAGCAAUUCAGUGGUUUGAUGGCAAAGACUUUAACGGUGCCACCAUAAAAGUAUCACUUGCUCAGAGGCAAAACACAUGGGGUGGUAAUAAAGGAGGUAGCAGUGGUGGCUUUCGAGGCGGUCGAGGCGGAGGUGGCGGUGGCGGCGGACGUGGCGGCGGCGGUGGAGGCAGAGGAGGUGGCAAUGGCGGAGGUGGUGGUGGUGGUGGCGGCGUCGGCGGCAGCAGCAUGAGCGGCGGUGGCGGACCACCUAGCGGUAAUAGAGCCGGUGACUGGAGAUGCCCAAACCCUAACUGCGGUAAUACUAACUUCUCGUGGAGGAAGUCCUGCAACAGAUGUAAUGAAGAAAAACCUGAGGGUGCCGGAGGCGGACCGCCGUCAGAUGGCGGUCGCGGUGGUCGCGGUGGCGGCGGUCCACCUGGACGUGGAGGACGUGGCGGUGGCGGCCGAGGUGGUGGAGGCGACCGCGGCGGUUGGGGUGGCCGUGGAGGAGAUCGCGGUGGGGACCGAGGUGGCGAUCGCCGCGGUUAUGGAGGCGGUGGAGGUGGCGACCGCAACAGCGGUGGUGGAGCAAUGAGGGGCGAAGGAGGUGGCAGAGACCGGCAAAGACCAUAUUGA